GAGACCCUGGUCGUCGCCGAGGGGGGCGGGUCGCAGAAGGUGAGGACCUGGCGCGUCGUCACCACGAGGACGAUCGGUCUGACGCCGGCGCUGAAGCGCAGAGGCAGCAGCCAGCAGGCCCGGGGCCCCGCGCCCAGGGUGUCCUUCUGCGAGCAG